AUGCAAGGCCUCUAUCACCUCAAACUUUAAACCCAUUCUAACUUCCCAAAUGCAGAUACUCCCCAACACAUUAAAACCAGACCUCUACCAAGUCCAUAACCAGAAGAAAUCGAAACAUUUAGUUUGGAUGAUUCUUGGAAUAGCAACAUUUCUCCUACAAAUAAAAAGACAUUCAAAGUUGAUAAACCCAUAUUAGUCAUAGAGUAUUUGGAUUGCAAAUUAAGAGACUAAUUUUGA